AUGUAUAGUAAGAAAAGUCGUAACGGUAAAACGUUACAGAGUGGGAGAAAAGUUGGCGUAGGAACUGGGGGGUUAAAAAAUCCGAAAAGAACGAGAGAUUUGCGGACAAAUCUAUCUCAAACAAAGAAGGUGACGAACCAAGGUCCAAGAAACAGCAGAAAGACGCAGGGAGGAAAUAUGGUUGAUGCAAGACAAAAAAUCGCUACGAAGAAAAGCCAGAGUAAGCCUCUUGUACGGUCAAUUUCUUUGCUCGAGGAGCGUAGAAAGGAACAAAGGCAAAAGUUACACCAACAAAAUCGGUCACUGACACUUUCUGCUGGUGGUAAUAUUCAAGUUACUGCUCGACAGGAGGUACCUCCUGAUCGCAUGGCCACGAUGAUGGGAGAUUCCAUCCGCAUUACAGCAAAGGUCGAGAGACGUAAAGAGGACAUGGAUCGACAGGCAAAUGUGAUUGCAGGAUUUCUUACCAUUACGGCGAAAAACGAAGAUGCACAGCGGAAAGAAAAAGAUCACGAGACGAGAAAACGCGCGAGACAAAACGAAGCUUAUAAAAGAGAGCGAGAGAGAGAUGCUAAAAGAAAGCAAAAAGAAGCCGAACAUGCACUGUAUAGUCAAAUAGCUGAAGAGAGCGUCAUCUAUGCAUCAAAUGUAUCUCAGCUACACAGAGGUAGUUUUGGAGACGGAGUUUAUGAAGGAAAUUUGGAUCAUAGUUUGCAGGCAAACACUUCACAGAGCGGAAAAACCUCAUUGCCUGGAAAAGAGGAAGUAGUUACAUCAAGCACAAGGGUAACAGUAUCCAAUCUGCAUCCAGCAGUUACUCAACAAGAUGUUGAGGAACUAUUUGGUGUAGUUGGUGGAUUGAGGAGCUGUAAAAUGCUUGGUAGGGGAUGUGCCGAAGUAGUGUAUGCACAGAAAAAUGAUGCACUGUUGGCGAUUAGGAAAUAUCAUAACCGCAAACUUGAUGGCCAACCCAUGGAGUGCAAGUUAGACACAUUACCGUCAGCAUCUUUAUAUUCCCCUCCUCCUGCCAGAUAUGCUCCACUUGCUCCUCUUCGACCCCUGGCAAAAUCAACUCUCAAGCCGCUGCCAAGUAGUGUCUCUGCAGGGGCAAAUCACAGAGCACCCAUCCAAUCUACCAUGAGUGCCAGGACUCAGAGUACCUCACAGGCUGCAAGGCCAGUUGUUUUCAAAGUCAAGAUUUGA